CCCCGCGACGGCAGGAGUGGCGGAGCCCCGAGAUCCUCGACUGCCCCCGACCCGCCGCGCGCACAGCCAGGCGAUGUCAGCCCCCAGGCCCAGACACCAGGACCUCGUCCCUCUCACCGCGGCGCAGACUUGGAAAGCCUACGACUGCGUUUCAUUCGUUCCUCCAGGGUCAAACAAGCCUGGGGUGAUGAACGGGAGGCUACCAGCCUGAAGGUGGAGCACGAGAAGGACGAGGAGCAGGCAAGAAGAGGCAGGAGCAGCACGAGGAGGAGGAGCUCGGCCCUCGGCCGCUGCUCUUCGGCCGGAGCGCGCGGGCCGCCGCCAGGGCGGGACGCCGCCCCGCCCGCGCGCCGCGGGAAGGCCCCCUUCGGGGCAGAGCGGCCGCAGGGAGGGGGGCCCUCCGUUUGGCGAUCGCCGCGCGCGCGUGCGCCCGCGCGCAAGCGCGCAGCGAGCAGGCCGUACACUUGGUAGGGCAUCGGGCGGAGGAGGGAGGAGGGAGGGCGGAGGGAAAGGAGAAUGGCGGCGGACUACACCGCGGCACGCCGAGGGCUCUGGGGGCGAUCAGGGCUGCCCCAUGGCGUUGAUCGUGUCCAUCCACUCCCGCAUGGCCUCCUCGCUCUGCGCCUCGAAGUAGAACAGCCUCUCGGGGGGGGGAGGCCGCCGACGUCCGGGUGGGCGGCCU